CCAAACAAGCCUUUUGCUUGUGUUCUUUUGUUCUUUUGCAAUAAGACAAGUAGUUAUCUUCCGGAGAACCAGCGCAAGCUUAAUGAGCUCCACUUGUCUAUCUAUUGUCGACAAACAGAAACUACAAAUAACCUCACCCCUGACAUCUGAAAUGCAGAACCAACCAAGUUUCACUAGAAUUUAAAUCUUGCGUCGUGCUCCUCCUGCUUGUACCUGUGCUGCCGGCCGUGACGAUCCGACGGCGAUGGCCAGCGUCCAUGAAGCGCGCACCGGCGGCGGCGGCGACGCCGGCGGCCGGAAGUCACGACGCCCGCGCCGCGUCCUGGUGUUCCCGCUGCCGUUCCAGGGCCACAUCAACCCGAUGCUGCAGCUGGCCGACGCGCUCCACGCGCGGGGGCUCGCCGUCACCGUGCUCCACACGCACUUCAACGCGCUGGACCCCGCGCGCCGCCCGGAGUUCCGGUUCGUGCCCGUGCCCGACGGCGUCCCCGCCGGCGUCGCCGCGUCCGGGGACGCCAUCGACAUCCUCCACGCCAUGAACGCCGGCAUGGAGGCGGAGGAGUCGGCGGCCCUCCGGGGCGUCCUCGAGUCGGUGCUCGCCGACGAGGAGAAGACCCCCGCCGCGUGCAUCGUCUUCGACGCCAACCUCCUCGCCGUGCCACGGGCCGCCGCGGCGGUAGGUCUCAAGACGGUGGUGCUGCGCACCGCGAGCGCGGCCUGCCUUGGAUGCUUCAUGGCCUACCCGAUGCUUCACCAAAAGGGUUACCUGCCUCCCCAAGAGUCAAAAAUGUACAUGCCGGUGAAAGAGCUACCGCCACUGAGGGUAAGGGACCUCUUCUACUCAAGCUGGAGUGACCAAGAAAAAAUGCGCAACUUACUUGCUCGGGCCAUGGAAGCAGUGAACAAUUCCUCUGGUCUAGUGAUCAACACAUUUGAUGCUCUGGAGCCAGCUGAGCUGGAGAGGAUCCGCGACGAGCUCCGCAUCCCUAUGGUACUUGCGCCAGGGCCUCUCCACAAGCUCUCCUCUAAGAACACAGCUAGUAGCUUACUGGAUGAGGACUGCGAUUGUAUCAAGUGGCUGGACAAGCAGCCCCCAAAAUCUGUGCUGUAUGUUAGCUUUGGGAGCUUGGCUUCAUUGGACCCCAAUGAGUUCUUGGAGGUGGCUUGGGGUUUGGCGACCAGUGGCCAUCCUUUUCUAUGGGUGGUUCGUCCAGACUCGGUGCGGGGUUUGGACGGUCCGGGUUUCCCCAAUGGCUUUGAGGCUGCGGUUGAGGGUAGAGGCAAGGUGAUUCGGUGGGCGCCGCAACAGGAGGUGCUGGCCCACCGGGCAGUGGGUGGGUUUUGGACGCACAAUGGAUGGAACUCGACAUUAGAGAGCAUCAGCGAGGGGGUUCCAAUGAUAUGUAGGCCUCAGUUCGCAGAUCAGAUGAUGAACACGAGGUAUGUGGAGAAAACAUGGGGUGUAGGGUUUGAGCUUGAAGGUGAGCUGGAAAGAGGCAAAAUAGAGAAGGCCAUUAGGAAGCUCAUGGAGGAAAGGGAGGGAGCAGAGAUGAGGGAAAGAGCUAUGGAGCUAAAGAUGAAAGUAGCAGACUGCUUGAAACCUGGUGGGUCUUCUGAGAUUGCCAUUGAUAAGUUGGUGCGACACAUACUUUCUUUGUGACUAUUUUUUACGGGGAACAUUCUAUGUGAACUUCAUGUUGCUUGGAAUUCUUAGUUAGGAAAAUUUGUAGGGAGUACUAAUUUUUUGUUCUUAGCCAUGUUGUACUUAAUUAUUCCACAAAACAAUGGAGCUUAUUUUCAUUUGGUUUUCU